CAAACAAAGCAAACAGCCCUUCUGCAUCCAGUGCUGGUGCUCAACUUCCGCAAGCAGCCCCUCUGCACCAUCAUCGGCUGCCUCGUCGUUCAUCCUGCCAUUUCCCCUCGAGCUGCAGAGACCAUGUCGUCAGAUCUCGGCGAGAUCGCCCAGCUGCUGGACGCCACCCUCGACCCGUCCAAGCACAAGAAAGCCGAGAGCGCUCUCAAGCUAGAAGAGAAGAAGCCGCAGUACUCUCUUCAGCUCCUCAAGAUCGUCGCUAGCGAUUCGUUCCCCCAAAAGAUCCGACUUUCGGCGUCCCUGGCCUUCAAGAACUUCAUCAGGCACAACUAUGUGGACGACGAAGGACGAUACAAGCUCCCCACGGAUGAGGUCAACACGAUAAAACAGGAGCUGAUCGGCCUGAUGAUCGCAUGCCCUGCCACCAUUCAGACACAGCUGGGCGAGGCCAUUAGCAUCAUUGCCGACUCCGACUUCUGGGAGCGAUGGGACACACUCGUGGGGGACCUCGUCUCGAGAUUCUCCGCAGACAACUACAAGGUCAACAAUGGUGUUCUGGAGGUCGCCCAUUCCAUCUUUGUGCGAUGGAGACCACUGUACCGAUCCGAUGACCUCUACCGCGAAAUCAACCACGUUCUCAACACAUUUGCCGGGCCAUUCUUGAGUCUUCUGAGCAUGACUGACCAGGCCAUUGACGCCAAUCAGAACAACAAGGAGAACUUGAAGGGAUACUUUGACACCAUGAGCCUUCUUAUCAAGGUCUUCUACGAUCUCUCGUGCCAGGACAUGCCACCGCAGUUCGAGUCCAGCCUCCCACAGAUCUCGGCACUUUUACACAAGUACUUGACGUAUGAGAAUCCUCUACUCGUGACGGACGACGACUCCGAGGCGGGUGUUCUGGAGAACGUCAAGGCCGACAUUUGCGAGGCCCUCGAGCUGUACAUCAACAAGUACGACGAUGAGUUCAGCCAAUAUACGCAGACCUUCAUUUCAAGCGCCUGGAAUCUCCUGUCGGCGGUCGGUCCGGAGACCAAGUACGAUAACCUAGUUUCCAGAGCUCUCCACUUCCUGACGGCGAUCGCUGGUACCACGAAGCACGCCGGCGCUUUCCAAGACGAGAAUGUGCUCAGUCAGGUGGUAGAAAAGGUUGUGUUGCCCAACGUGGCCCUGCGGGAGUCCGAUAUUGAAAUGUUCGAGGACGAACCCAUCGAGUUCAUUCGCCGCGAUCUCGAAGGCUCCGACAGCGACUCCAGGCGGAGGGCGGCCACAGACUUUCUCCGACAGCUACAGGUCAAGUUCGAGUCCCUGGUCACCAACGUCGCUGGCAAAUACAUCAACCACUACCUGGAGCAGGGCAAGUCGAACUGGAAGGACAAGGAUACUGCUAUUGCCCUCUUCCUGGCUGUUGCUGCCAAGGGUGCUGUCACCGCAGCUCAGGGUGUAAAGAGUGUCAACCCCCUGGUCAAUGUGGUGGACUUUUUCCAGCAGCACAUUGCCAAUGACCUGAUCUCAGACAGUGGGGUUCAGCCAAUCUCGAAGGUCGACGCGAUCAAGUAUCUGUACACUUUCCGCAGCCAUCUGACCAAGGAUCAGUGGCAGGCCGCCUUCCAGCCUCUGAUCCAAAACCUGGGCUCAUCCGAUUACGUUGUGUACACUUAUGCUGCCAUCGCCGUCGAGAGGCUGCUCUUCCUCAGUACGGAUGAUGGCGCCAAGGUGUUUGGCCGUGGCGACAUUGAGCCUUUCGCGAAAGACCUUCUGAAUCACCUGUUCACGCUGGUCGAGAAGGAGAAGUCGGCCGCUAAACUGCAGGAAAAUGAGUAUCUCAUGCGCUGCAUCAUGCGUGUCCUGAUUGUCAUGAACAACGGCAUGGCUCCUUUCGCGGACAUGGUGCUCGAUCAUCUGAUUGGCAUUACCAACAUCAUCAAGGAGAACCCCAGCAACCCACGAUUCUACUACUACCACUUCGAGGCUCUUGGCGCUGUGGUCAACUUCACUCCACAGGAGGGGAUUUCUCUCCUCGAGGAUCGUCUGUGGCAACCUUUGAACCUUAUUCUUACCGAAGAGGUCACCGAGUUUAUGCCAUACGUCUUCCAGGUCUUCGCCAAGCUUCUGGAGAAGAAGCCUACCGGCGCAUUGCCGACACAUUACCAAGCGCUCAUUGCGCCUCUGCUGAUGCCCACCUUGUGGGAGACUCGCGGAAAUGUGCCAGCUCUCACCCGCCUACUUGCGGCUAUCAUCCCCCGGUCAGCGGAGUCGAUUGUUGCACAGAACCAGGUCGAGCCGAUCUUGGGUAUCUUUCAGCGACUUGUCAGCAACAAGCGCACCGAGAUCGAUGCUAUGGACCUCCUUGACACUAUUGUCAAGUCUCUACCAGCUGACACGGUCAAGCAGUACCUCAAGGAGAUUCUCACUCUCCUUUUCACGAAGCUCAACGCUACGCCAUCAGACUCUUUCAAGCAGCGAUUUGUCCGUUUCUACCACAUCUGUUCUGCCAACUUGGAGUCUGGACUUGGUGCCGAUGUUUUCAUCCAGACCGCCGACCAGAUUCAGCAGAAGAUCUUUGUCCCAAUCUACCUGACGAUCAUUCUCCCGGUGUCUGACCAGCUCGUGGCGAACGAGCGUCGCGUCGCGGUGAUCUCGUUUGCAAAGACUCUUGGCGACAGCCAAGCCUUUGCCGUUCAGUAUGCCAAGGGUUGGCGCUUCACGUGCGAGGCUAUGCUGAAAAUGCUUGCCAACGCACCAGCAGUGACCAUGGGCACGGGUGACGAGGUUGUAGAGGCGGAUGUCGACGACAUUGGUUUUGGUCUCGGCUUCACCGCCUUACGUACGUGCAAGCAGGAGCGCCGGCUUGACUUCCCCGAGAUUCAGGACCUGCAGCAAUGGGUCCGUCAGUACAUUACACAAGCAGAUGCCCGGCAUAAUGGCGCGGUGGGUAAAUAUGUGCAAGAGCGGUUGGAUGACCAGGGCAAGCAGGCCUUGGCGGCAUACAUGGGAUAGAUCUGAUUGAUACCAAAAGCGUUGAGCAUAAGCAGACAAUGGAGAAUUUUGUUUAUACACAAGCCGAGCAUAUGACGUUGCACAAAUGUUGGAUGACCGGGUUCUGGCAGAAGUCAGCAAGCGAGGGUCCCUGGGCUGAGGAUACUUAUGCAAUUGCUUCUAGCAAGCAGAGCUUGCCCUCGUCCCGUUGGGUUCAUUCGUGUCUCAAGAACCAGGUCCGUCCCGUGAAGCCACUACGCUACAUCAGAUACCUGCCACUUGAAGCCACGGACGGAGCCUCACACAAUUUAGAUCUAAUUAGUCGUGGAAAAACCAGUCUCCCACCAUCACCGCUCGCAAGGUUACAGGGUCCGUCAUACGCUACUGCGCGUCUUACUCAUCGCCCCCUUUUCCUUCUCUCUCGCUCUGUCUCACUCACUCUCUUCUUCUCGAGAAGCUUUCAGGGAAUUAAGGGGGG